CGCCUCGCGCGUACUUCGCUCACAGUAAUGUGAUAUGGCAACCUGCUUGCACCUUUACAAGAAGAGUACACUUCCUCCACUUCUGGAUAGGUACCUCCCAGUUAAUUCUAGGAACCAGAAUGGUCCGAACCUGCAAACGAUAGAAACAGACGAUAAAAGGAGGCCAAGAAACAACAAACAUGUUUUAAGUGAUGAAGAUAAAGAUGAGCUCAUCCAGCGGUCUCUGCAAGAAAAGCGUUAUCUUGAAACCUAUGAGAACAUGUAUAAGCUGAAAAAAUUAUUGAGUAAACGCUACAGGACAUUGUUGAAUGAGAAAGUUAGAAAGCAACGGAUUCAGAUCAAGAUGUCUGAUCUCAGAGGCCAACAACUUCUUAAACAGAAAACGAAAAAGUGUAUCUCCAGUCCCAGAGUGCCCUUCUGCAGUUUGUCUCAUGAUGCAAAAUACCUGGAGUCCAUGCCACACUCAAAAAGUUACCUGAUUAUAGGGUUGCAGAACGAAUUAAGUAAACUUGGAAUCUUAAAGAACCAACAAGACAAUGAAAACUUUUGGAAACUCAUCCAGGCAGGCAUUGAUGGUUCAAAGCUCAAAGAAAAGCUUCCAGAUAUAAAGGCAAAAAUGUUAGCUACAAAGUCUUUGCCUCUGUCAACUUCAGCAAGAACCAGUCCAGUCCAGCCUGUUGAUGGCUUUAAAAACAGUAGCAGCCUGAAAAAAAGUACAGAUUCUUUGCUGCCGUCUGUUGACACCUGCCAGUCUCCGGCUUAUCAUAUGAGGAAACAGUUGCUGCUUUCUUGGCUUUCUGAAGUGCAGAAAAGACUUGGAGAGCCAUCUAGGACUCAGCAGGUGAAGAAAACAUGCAAACAAAAUGGGAAAUAUGAACAGCAACUUCAUUCAUUGCAUCAUAUGCAUUAUUUUUCUCUUCUUAACAUGGCACUAUCCAGGAGGCUCCUAGAACAAAAUGGACAGUUUACAGAUGUCAGAACACAGCAAAGUGUGCAUGAUCUGAUGAAUUAUUUGUAUCCAAAUUUCCAUCAACGAUCUGGAACGAAUCAGAGCAACAGGUUAAUAGAGGAAAACUUGGUUCCAUCUUUAGUAAGUAGAAACCUGCAGGAAAUGCAUUGCAAGGACUCCACCAAAAUAUUAAGAAUUUCGAAGGAAAACAAAAAGAUGUUGAAGCAACAUAAAGAUAGAAGUGUUCUUGAAAUUUUCCCUGAGAGAGUUGAAACUCAGGACAUCUCUACCUUUGCCCAGCAUGAAAUGGUUACUGUGCCUUUAACUCUGGGAGAUGUUGCUCUCUAUGCUCAAGUUGUGGAAACCACACCAUUAAACACAUAUUGGACAAAUUAUAUUGACAGUGACUCCGUCAUCAACAGCAAAAAACAGUAACUACAAGUGGGAUCUUUUGAAAAUAUUCUGUUCUGUACAUUAUUGUGAUUAGUGUUGAGAUUGGUGUGUGUGUGUGUUCCCCUACCAUCCCUUUCUUUAAUUAAAAGUUGAGAACAUUUUUGAAAAGAUAACUGUAUAAUUUUUAUUAAUGCAUAGGGUUCUUUUUUCAUAGUUGAAAUAUUGGGCAUUGCAAUGUAUUUCCCCCCAAAAUGUGAUUUAUUGUUAUGCAUUUAUUCUCUCUCUCAUUAUUCCAUAUGCAAGUCUUGUUUUAAUUCCUAAAAAAACACAACCCUUUG